GAGGCGGGGACUCGGCGAGGCUCCCGGCGUAGUUACCGGGUUGGGCGGGGUACAUCUGGGAGGGGUUUGUGGGUGAGCUCUGGGUCCCCCGCCCGCUGCGGAGAUGGAUGAAGAUGGGCUUCCACUCAUGGGGUCAGGCAUAGACCUGACCAAGGUGCCAGCUAUCCAACAGAAAAGAACGGUGGCAUUUCUAAAUCAGUUUGUGGUGCAUACUGUGCAAUUCCUCAACCGUUUUUCUACAGUUUGUGAGGAGAAACUGGCAGACCUUUCUCUUAGGAUCCAACAAAUUGAAACAACUCUCAACAUUUUAGAUGCAAAGUUGUCAUCUAUCCCAGGCCUAGAUGAUGUCACAUUUGUGUCCAGUGUGUCCAGUGUCACAAAUGGAUCACAAUCUGAAACUACUUCAGAGUUGUCACAGCAGAACAGUACACAAGACUCUGGACCACAGGAAAGUGAAGUAUCAUCAGAAAAUAUCUUAACUGUAGCCAAGGAUCCAAGAUAUGCCAGAUAUCUCAAAAUGGUUCAAGUGGGUGUUCCGGUGAUGGCAAUAAGAAACAAAAUGAUAUCAGAAGGACUGGAUCCAGAUCUUCUUGAAAGGCCAGAUGCUCCAGUGCCUGAUGGUGAAAGUGAAAGGACUGUAGAAGAAAGUUCAGAUAGCGAGUCUUCUUUCAGUGACUAAGCUGAAUUUUGAUAAAAAUUACAUAUACAUGUGUAAGGGUACGUUUACAUUCUAUGAGAGAGUCUGACUCUCUUCAUCAUAGAAAACAUCAAAUAGCCACAUAUUUACCACCAAGCUUUUUCAUGUUAAAAAAAAAAAAAUAAAGCAUUUAUAACCUGCAA